GUUCCCGGUGCGGGGAUGGAGCUGGCGGGCGGCAGCACCAUCUCGCUGUGGACCGUGGUGGCGGCCGUGCAGGCGCUGGAGCGCAGCGUGGCCGCACACGCGUCCCGACUCUUCAGCCUGGAGCACCGCGCCGGGAACAGCGAGAAGAAGCACCAGGACUGCGAGAAGAUGGUCGGGGAGUUCGGGAACCAGCUGGAGAGCAAGUGCGCGGCGCUGGGCACCCUCGUCCAGGAGUACGGGCGGCUCCAGAAGCGCCUGGAGAACAUGGAGAACCUGCUGAAGAACAGGAAUCUCUGGAUCUUGCGGCUGCCCCCCGGGCUGGAGGCCCCCAAGGCCCCGGCUGUGGCGUUGGAAAACGAUACCACCGGCUUUUCCACUCAGGAGUGGGAGAACCUGGAGGAGUGGCAGAGGGAGCUGUAUGGAAAGGUGCUGACAGGGAAGAGAGAAGCCCUGGUCCUGCUGGACGAUGUCAUCUCCGAACCUGCCCUCCUGUCCCGGCUCCAGGGAGGAGAAGCGCCCUGCAGUGAGGAGGAGGCGGCUCCUGGAGAGAUCCCAGCAGAGCCAGAGGCUCUGCUGUUUGAACUCAACGUGAGCAGCUGGGACAGCAGAGAAGCGCAGGAAAACCAGGAGGGAAGAGCAGGGCUGGCUGAACCUGGCCAUGCAGACAGCAGCGUUCCAGAGCGGAGCUUCGCUGUCACCGUGAAGCAGGAAGAGGAGGAAGAGCCACAUGCAAAGAAGCAGGGAGCCAUGGAGGGUGUGGAGUUCUCUGAGCUCGGUGUGGGGCCGGACGCCGCUGGACACAAGGCCCAGGCCCCAGCUGAGGGCAGGAACCAGCUGGGGGCCCGGAGCUGCCAGGAGCGGGAUGUGAGAGGGAAUCCCGCAGAGACCGGCUCCGAGGACAGCAUAAUCCAGAUUAAGCAAGAGGAAGGGUUGUGCACUGCAGAUCGGAAGGAGGAGGCUGCAGAAGCUCCUGGAGAGCCCUGCCCAGCAGAGCCAGGAUUUUACGAGCCUGAGGCAUCCAGUCAGACCAGGAAGGGCAGUGAGGUGGAUGCCAGGGAGCUGCCAGGCACAGAGGGUGAGCACCUCCAGAGAGAUCCUGCCACAGGAUUUCAGACUUAUGCAAGGGGUGUUUCAUCGUGGAUUAAACAAGAGGAGCCACCCUGCUCUGAACAACAGGACUUGCAGAAAGAGGAAAUCUCUGCAGAUCCAAGUACAGAUGAAAAUUUGAAGAGAGACCAUCCAGCAAAUUCCUUGGAGAGCAAGACCUGUGACUUAGAGGUACCGGGAAGGCCGGGAGAGGUGUUCCCCAAAGAUCCCAGCCAUGGAGUGACGUGGGACAACCAGUGGAAUUCAGAAAUGAUGGAAACAGCCCCCACAGGGAAUGGGAACAGCCUCGGAGGUGAUGCUCAGUACGAUUUCUUUAGUGCUCAGGAAAAGAGCCUGGAAAAGAGGCCUUGUCUGUACAGGUGUGAGAGAAGCUGCCCACAGCAGGACCUGCAGGGAGAAGGGGAGAUAUUUCCAGGCCCCACGUAUGACAGGAUGUUCCCUCUGCUGCACCCACACGUAGGAGAGAUGGGAGUGGGCCUGGGAGAGAAAGGAAUGGGCCUGGGAGAGAAAGGAAUGACCCUUGGAGAGAAGGGAAUGAGCCUUGGAGAGAAAGGAAUGGGCCCAGGAGAGAAGGGAAUGGGCCCUGGAGCUGCUCCCAUGCCCUGUGAGGGGCCAGGGCCCCGCUCUGAGUGCGGAGAGACUCCCCCAGGCCCAGGCAGGCCCAGCCUGGGCGCAGAGGAGGCUGCUGAAAACGAGGAGAGCUUCCCCACGGACACCUCGGGAUCCAGCCCCUGCUGGGAGCCGCCCCUGGCCCGGGGCAGCCCAGCCCAGCAGCAGAACCAGGCCCGGGGCAAAUCCUACAUUUGCAGCGACUGCGGGAAAAACUUUGUGUGCCACUCGUGGCUGGUGAGGCACCAGACGAGUCACACAGGAGAGAGGCCCUACAAGUGCUCCAAGUGUGACAAAACCUACAGGAGGAAGGAUUACCUGCUGAACCACCAGCGCCGGCACACGGGGGAGAGGCUUUUCCAGUGUCCCCUCUGCAGCAAGAGGUUUGUGCUCAAGAGGAGCCUGCUGAAGCACCAGGAGGGUCACAUGCAGGACACCCACGUGCCGCUGGUCAGCUGGCCCUGCGGGAACAUCAGGGGCUCCGUGAUGCAUUCCAUAUAGGACAUCCCCCAGCGCUGUGGCACACCCUGAUGGCAGGAGGAGGCUGUGGUGCAGCCAUCCCGAGCCUCUCCCAGGCAAAGGGAGCUGGCUGGGGGUUGUUUUGUGUUAGACAGCAUUCACCAGUGCCUGUGGGUUUGGGGAGGUGCAGUUUGGAGGGACUGCUGGCUGUGUGGGAGAGAAACCACCUUGACAUGGAACAAUUUGCGAUGUGUGUUACAAAGAAGAGUUGUCUGAAUAGAGAGAAAGGAUCCAAAAUGUAUCCAAAAUGUUAUCCCAGGAAUCUGGAGUCCUUGGGCUGGGCUGGGAACAAGUGAGUUAAAG